CAGACAACAGAUUCGGCGCAGUUCCUGUUAGAGCAGUCAGAAGAGUUCUUCGUUGAGAUAAAGUAGUUUUGAGAGGCUGAUGUAACGCCGGUAUUCCCGGAGUGAUAAUGCGAAGAAAUGCUGAGCAGCUGGCGGCCUGAGCAGCUGUUGUAGCUGCCGCUCCGAGACGAGGUCGGCAUGUUUACAGCCAACAUGGACACAAAGAGACCCGAGAUACCCUCCGGUGUACUGGACGACCUUUGCAGUCGGUUCAUCCUGCACAUCCCCAGUGAAGAACGGGACAAUGCAAUUCGACUGUGCUUCCAGAUUGAGCUGGCCCACUGGUUCUACCUGGAUUUCUGCAUGCAGAACACUCCAGGAGCUCCUCACUGUGGGAUACGAGACUUCGCCAAAGCUGUCUUUCAUCACUGCCCAUUUCUACUACCUCAUGGAGAGGAUGUGCAGAAAAUUCUCGAGCAGUGGAAGGAGUACAAGAUGGGUGUUCCUACUUAUGGGGCAAUCAUUCUUGAUGAAUCACUAGAAAAUGCACUGCUUGUUCAGGGUUACCUUGCAAAAUCCGGCUGGGGAUUUCCAAAGGGCAAAGUCAAUGAGGAUGAAGCUCCUUAUGAUUGUGCAGUCCGUGAAGUGAUGGAGGAGACAGGCUUUGACAUCAAGAAUCGGAUCUGCAAAGACAUGUACAUUGAGCAGAAAAUCACCGACCAGCUGGUGCGGCUCUAUAUCAUACCAGGAGUAUCCAAGAACACAAAGUUCAACCCCAAAACAAGGAAAGAGAUCAGGAACAUUGAAUGGUUUCCUAUUGAGAAGCUGCCCUGUCACAGGAAUGACAUGACACCAAAGUCUAAACUUGGACUUGCCCCAAACAGGUUUUUUAUGGCCAUUCCAUUCAUAAGACCACUGAGAGAAUGGAUUAGCCGGCUGAGAGGAGAGUCAACAGACAGUGAUGAGGACUUGGCAAACAACAGCAACAGUCCAUCUAAACCUUCAGACAAUGUUCGGUCAAAAUCACGCCACCUCACAGGAACUGAUGUAUUCUCUGGAGAGAGCUGGACAAAACACAAGCAGCAGAAGACUCUGGGCCAGUAUGAACUGAACCAGAAACCGAAUUUGAAAGGCAACGGGAAGAAAGGCCAGGACUCACCUUACUUGAGGAAAGGAGCCAGUGACAGCAACCAGCAGAGAGAAGAUACAAGGCUUCAACCCAGAGGACUACAAGACAGUUUUGAGAGAGAUGUGGCUCCAGACAGCUUCAACAGUCAUCGAAUGGUUGACAGCAGAGACUGUGACCACUUGCUGUCCUCCAAGGCUUUCCUAAAUUUCAAAUUUGACAGAGAUGCCAUCAUGAAAUGUUUUGACUACUAACUGGUUGACGAUGCUCUGUGCCUCCCCUGUAACAACAUCAAACCUUGAUCUCUAUUUUAUCUUACAGUCCAAGCAAGAAUGUUACUGAAGAUGCGCUUUCGCUUCAUUUGUUUGUCAGGAACUUACAUUACCAAGAGAAGUUGCCCAUCUGUUAUUGACCAUGUAGAGUAUGCUUUGCUGUAGUUUGCCUUUGUUGCACAACUUUUCAGACCCUUUAGAACGGCGAGUAAGUUAACAGCAGUGUCUUCACUCUGUCCAUAGCAGAAUCCUAACUUUACUUUUGAAAAGUUUCAGGCUGCAUGAGAAACAUUUAGACCAAAAGAAGAUGCCUCAGGUUAACCAUUAGUCUUUUAAAGGCAACAUAUCAAAACCUUUGUCAACAUAAUGGAUUUUAAGCACAUUUACAGUGACAAUGAAAAGUAGAAAAAAUAAAAUAAAAUAAAUGCUGUUGUAGCUGAGGAAAUUUAGUCAAAAUCAAUGUUGAAUUUGUCAUUUUAUAUAUUGAUUUUAAGAUGCAAUCAUUUAGAUGAUAAUUUCCUUAAUUCUUUCAAUUGAGUCAUGUAAAUUUUUUGGGUGUUGAGUAAAUAUUGGUUUUAACAGUGGUGCUGGCUUUGUUAAUCUACAGGGUUACUUAGUUACCUUUGCCAACAUUACUCAAGAUUUUAUCCACGAAUGUAGAAUGUAAUAACGUACAUAAUAUUAUAAUGAUAUUAUGUAAUAUUGAAAGGAAGAACAAGAUGUCUUUGCAGCUUUAUCCUUGAAAAUUGCAUGUCGUUAAAUUCAUGUUACUUUGUUGUAUGAGGUCUGUGAUUGACAACAUUAAAAUUAAGUUCAUAAAAUCAAAUUGAUGUGUGAACAUCCAGAAUUCUGGACAGGAAAAUUAAAAAUUAAAAUUCCAUUCACAAAUAGUUAUUAGUUUACUAAACAAGCCCCCCAAAAGUGAAGAGUCAUAAAUUACAGAAAAACGAGCACUUCUUACUGUUUCAUCAGAAGUUAAUUAACUCAGGAGCAGACAGGAAUAAUGGGCAGUGGAGCUUUCAUUUUCAUGUUGUUAGUACUUGGGCAUUUUCAAUCCGAUUUAUGAAAGCUGUAUUUUAAAAAUGCUAUUUUGUGUAUGUGUCACACACAAAAGAAAAUAAAAUCUCAAUUUGAUUAGUUUAAUUUUAAUGUUUGUAGUAACAGACUUCCAUAAACUCUGUUAUUGCCUGCAAGACAUCGACAUCCCACUUAUGUUUGUCCUUCUGGUUUUUAGCAGCUUGAAAAAUCUAGUCUGGUCUUUCCUGCAAACAAACCAUUUACAAGUUGAAAUACUUGUUCAGAUUUCUUAGACUAAAAGUUCACAGUCAUUUUUUCAUGACCUAAUAUUUAGCCGCUGUGGUGUCUGACUGACAUUAAAACUGGGAGUCUUCAAGGCUUUGUUCUGUAAUAAAAGGCCACUGAUUACACUACUGUGAGCAUAAAAGGUUAUUCUCAAAGAUGUUACAAAUGAUUCCCUUAAAAGGCCUCGUGAAGGGAUUUCUAGCCAUCAGAGCUGAAAACGUAAGUGAAGGCAAUUACCAUAGAAUGAGUAACUGUUUCUGAGUAAGGGUAACAGUUUCUUAGUCGUGUGUCAUAAACAUUCAUACAUGUGUUGUUUGUCACCGGGGUUUUUUGUAACUGAUUGUUAUAUAAGGGGCUCUUAAGUUGUGCUUUGGUUUCAAUUAUGUUUUGACUUCAAAUGUGAAUAUUAAUAAAGUUUGUUUUUCACUCUCA